AUGCGUGAUUGCAAUUUUCACGUAGAUCCUGCCACCAUCCCUCUGAACAAUGUGCCCUUCUUCCUUCUCAAGGCUCGGCCAGGAAUCGAACGCGUUUGUUUGGAGUCAAACUCCACUGUGCCAACAACUUCGAAAACCCUUUGUCCAGGGCCUUCUUUGCUUGAUUGGUUUGCAUUGUCCAGGUGGGCCCGUUUCCGUAUUGCGUUGUUUAUCCUGCCCUUGUCCCAGGCCUUGUCCGCUAAAAACGUCGCGCUUCCUGCCCUGGAAUUUGUAGUCAUGGCAGCCCUCCUUGCGAAACCAGCGGGUGCGGGGUGGGCCUUCCCCAAAAAACGCAUACACACCACAAACAUCAGUUGA